AUGGUAGCAGACGAAAGGUUCAAGGGGCAGGUGGAGGACCCGCGGUUCAGGCUGGUGCCCAAGAAGAAGAGGAAGGUGAAGAUUGAUGAGAGGUUCAAGUCGCUGCUGGAUGAGAACAGCUCCUUCUCGAGGAAGACGGUGAUAGACAAGUACGGUAGGAAGGUCAAGCACGAAAGCAAGGAAGACCUGAAGAGGUUCUAUCACAUGGACGAGGAGGACGAGGAGGGGGAGGAGCGGGGAGAUUCUGAUGGCGAGAAUGCUGGAAAGGCUGUGCAAGAGAAGAAAGGAGGAAAGAAGGUGCUCAAAGGAGAGAAGGGGAAGGAGAUGAAGAAAGACUUGAAACCCAAGGGAGACAAGGACAAGAAGUCCGACAAGGCAACCAAGGGCAAGACGAGUGAGAAUGUUUCAGCAAAACUGCAGCACAAAGAUCUGAGAGAGGCCAUGCUUGAUUGGACUGAAUCGUCGUCGGAGGACGAGGACGAGGAGGAGGACAACUUCGGAGUAGACGAGAAGCUGUUCAGCGAGGCCAUCGAUGUUUCCCAGCCCGUGCUUCCAGUCACAGAGACGAUCCAAGCAGGAGAGGAGACGAGGAGAUUGGCGGUCGUGAACCUGGACUGGAAACGAGUGAAGGCUGUCGACCUCCUUGUGCUGCUGAGGUCGUUUGCCCCUUCCAACGGGGAGGUGACCUCUGUCAAAAUUUACCCGAGCGAGUUCGGCAAGGAGAGGAUGGAGAAGGAGAAGCAUGAGGGUCCAGCGCAGUACCUGGGGAUAAAAUCGGAGGACCAGGAUGAUUCAGAGGACGACAAUGGCGGAGGAGAUGAGGAGGAGGUCGAUAUGGUGAAGCUGAGGAGGUAUGAGGCGGAGAAACUCAAGUACUUCUAUGCCGUGGUGGAAUGUGACAGCGCCCGCACGGCCAAGUGCAUCUACGCCAUGUGCGAUGGCGUCGAGUACGAGGCCUCUGCCAACGUGAUCGACCUGAGGUACAUCCCGGAUGAAGAAGAGUUUGAGGAGAGCGAAGUCCAUGCUGUGGCUACGAGCGUCCCCAGCGAUUACGUCAGCCCCUUCUUCAUUAACAACGCCAUGGGACAUACGAAAGUCAAGCUCUCAUGGGACGAAGACGAUCCCAGCAGAGACGUGCUGCACGGGAAGGGGCUUCCGGGCGGGAAGAAGAAGAAGAAGGGGAAGAAGGAGAAGGAGAUGCAGAUGAUCGACUACUCUCAAUUCAUCGCCACGUCUGACGAGGAGGAGGACGAGGAGGAGAGGAGGGAGAAGGCAAGGGAGGCGCUUCUGGGUGCAGCGAAAUCAAGCGCGUCCGUGUUUGGAAAGCAAGGGGACGAGAAGGCGACCGAGGAUGUUGUGGUUACGUUCACACCUGGUUUGUCAUCCAUCGGGGAUCAGCUGCUGAGGAACAAGCAAGUGCGAGAGGAGGAGAGCGAAAUGACGGUCUGGGACAAGUACCAGAAGAAGAGGGCUGAGAAGAAGAAGGAGAAGAGGAUGAAAAAGGGUGAGAAGGGAGACGAGGAGGAGAAGCUUGACGAGAGCGAGCUGCCUGCUGGAUCGGAGUUUGUCGAUGACAGCGUGUUCGAGAACGAUCCAUUCUUCCAGAUCCCUGACGAGGAGGAGGAGGAGGAUAGAGGGAUGUGGAAGAGAGGGAAGGGCAACAAGGGCAAGGGCAAGAAUCCUCAGAAGCAGAUGGAACAGGAGGAGGAGGAGGAGAGGAAAGCGAGGGAGAGGCAGCAGCUCGAGCUCCUCAUGAUGGAUGACGCUAACGAGGGAAAGCGAGGAUACAGCAUCAAGCACAGCGCUCUUGGCCGGGCAUCGCAGCUUGCUGGGGAGGAGGUGACCAAGAAGAAGAAGAAGAAGGGGAAGAAGAAGGGGGAGAAGGAGGAGGGAGAGGGAGAGAGGGAAGACAGCUUCAAGCUUGAUCUCAACGAUCCUCGCUUCGCGUCCGUGUACAGCGACCCCAAGUUUGCUCUUGACCCCACGGACCCUCAGUUCCGCAAGACCCCCGGGCUGUCCAAGUUGAUGAAGGAGGGGCAGGACAGGAGGAGCAAGAGAAAUCACGCUGAAACGGAGGGUCACGCGAACGGAAAGGCCGGCCAGCAGCACCAGCAGCAGCAGCAGCAGCAGCAGCAGAAAAGGUCGAGGCUGGAUCCCAGCAUCUCCUCUCUCGUUUCUACCCUCAAGUCUCGAGGAAAGAAGGCGUGA